AGCUGCAAUGAAACCCACUAGUGCGUGCAAAACCAAGGGAAAAACCAAACGGGAAUUCCCCUACAAAUUUCCUCUGCCCCACAAUACAAAGGGCAAGUUUCUGCGUUGCUGUGCGGCCUACGUGGUUGGAAAUUCCGAACCGAGAUCAUUGAAUUUGAAUGACCCGAGGAUUUCUAUUACAAGGUAUUUACACUUCCACAAGGUUUUCCAAGCGACGGUAGCUAUAAACUGAAUAACAAUUUUCAGUACGGCACAUUCAACAACAUAGCGAACACAAGAGCAAUAUUACGAUAUAAUAUCUCAACGACCUUGGUGUACCAACUUGGACGCCAUAUUUGAUCAAGCGAGUGACGCUCAUACAGUGUUUUGGCAGUGCGUGAAUAAUAUUUUGCGCAAAUAGUACUAAGAUUUACUUUGUUGAGGCUCGGGAGAAAUCGGACAAAAUGAAUGACAUAGAAACUGAUGGGGAAAAGGUCACUCGACCUAGCCCUCUGAGAAUGGAUCACUUAAGUAAGUUACACCAGAAAGAUAUGGACAACUCGGAGAGUCUGGAUUUCGGAUACGGUUCCAGUUCUCUUUCGUUUUCCAGUGCAGAUGUGAAAAGUUUGCGGGACGAUAUCGUGAAUAUUGACAGUAAAAGUAUGGGAGCGCUGAAGGAGGAGAUUUGUGAAAUUCACGCGGACAUAGAUGAAAUUUCAAGAAAAACGGGUGAAAUGAAAGUGGACGAAGGAUUUAUGGAGGAAAAAGUGUCUGUGGUGGACACUGAACCCAUUGACAGGGUAACGCCUGAAGCAUUGAUGGUUUAUGGCACAGACUCAGAAGGUGACAAUCUCUUGUUUUUGGCCAUUAUAAAUGGUCAGAUAUCUUUAGCAACUGUUAUCAUCCAGAUGGCGCCAGCUGAAGACUGGCUUGAUAUUUUCAACGAUGAAUUACGACAGACUGCUCUACAUCUCGCUGUCUUGACGAGACAGGUUUCUGUGGUCAGAAGAUUGGUGGUAGGGGGUGCAUGUGUAGAAAUGUGUGAUCGCAAUGGGGACACACCCCUCCACAUCGCGUGCCGACAGGGAGACAUUGACUUGGUUCGAGCGUUGUUGGAACCGGUUCGGUAUGAGGAAUUAAUGCAAAAUGAAUAUUCUAUUCGUUUCCAGAAAAUCCCACAGAAUUUGGAAAUCAGAAACUCUUCUGGGUGCACGUGCUUGCACGUGGCGGCUGAAAAUGGACACAUGAACAUCAUGAAACUACUGCUUUCAAAAGGAGCACGGAUAAAUAACGGUGACGCGAAAAGAGGCGCAACGGUGCUGCACCGAGCGGCUGAGCGAGGCGACUUAAUUCUCACCACAUUUCUUCUGGGACUUUCUGAAAUCAAUGUGGACAGUAAAAUGUAUGACGGAGCUACACCGGCAGCCAUUGCUCAUGGCAGACGACAUGGGGAAAUUGUAGACGUUCUGAAAAAGUUUGGAGCAAGAACUGAUUUCUUGAAUGAUACGUUCGACGAGAGCGAUUCUGAUGUGUAAAAACAAAUAACAUUUUGAACUAAAACAUAAUCUCCACACGCGAAUUUGAUAAAAGCAGGAGAUAUUGUGAACUUUAAAAGGCAGCUGCAGGUUAUUAAUGCAAGUGUACGACAGAAAGGUUGUGAAAUUAUGAGAGUAGAAAAAUGGUGUCAAUAAAUUAGAGGUCUCAAUUUAGGGAUGAGGGUGGUCGAGGGAUUACAAGGAUAAAUGAAAUCCGUUCAUAAUAAAUCUAUGAAAUGUAUUGUAAUUUUGAAUAUUAAUGUUAAAUGAAAAAACGCAGUGUUAGAUAGGUAUACAAGUGUGCUAUACCAACAACAGGUAACUAAGAGUCACAAGUAAAUUGGGCGAGAUUUGAUAGAAAAUAGAUAUACGCCGUAAACUAUUUGGGAAAUUCCAGAUUAGUACUAUUACGCCGCCGAAGUAUAUAGCUGUGGUUUAAAUAUGACCACUGGAAUUCGCAUUGUGACAGGUGCGGCAGAUUAUGGUAGCGUGUUGUACCGGGUGACCUCAUCAGCGAUAUAUUAACCCAGGCGAGACUUCCUGGUGCGACUUGUAUCGUUGAGUUCUAUCGAUUAGCUAGGGGAGAGAAAAUAGACUCGCAAAUCAACUUCAGAUCAAAUGUAUUAACUGAAAUAAUCCGGAACAGUUUUAUUUGUAUGUUAGUGUAUAGUGUUUAAGGUAAUAUUUAUUGUUACAUAUUCUCAAUGUAUUUAAGUGUUCUGCUAGUUCAGUGUACGUAACUUAAAGCUGAACGAAGGCCGAAUUCACUGAGCUGAUUAAUUGAUUCAUUUUGAUUCCCUUCUAAUUUAAGACUAUUGAGUACCAGGCUGGUUUUCGAGAUGUAAUCACAAUGCUCAUUGAUUUCUGAUCUUUCGUUUUGGCUCGCCAGUAAUUAGAUAGUUUGAUAACAUUUUAUUUUUUAUAAUUUAAAAUUUCAUCGAUUACAAAAAUCUUAAAAUACUUUUUUUCAAAGAUGCAAUAAAUUUUUUUUUUUUUUUUUUUUUUUGGAAAAAGUAAACCCAAUUUUUUGAAGGGGAAUAAAUUCGUAAAUAAUUUCAGACACCAUUUUUUUUUGUGAGCGAUGAAAUUUUAAUUUUGUAAUAGAAUAUAAUGAUAUUUG